AUGGCCGCGACAAAGCUGUCCGCGCUCGCCCUCGCGGCGGCAGCACUCCUGACGCCGGCCGCGCACGCCUUCAGUCUGUACCCAACCGUCAACGGGGAUGCGCUGGCUCAGGCGCUCGGUAUCAGCAGCGACUGUCUCGCCGCCUUGAACGAGACGGUCAGCUGCGACGACAGUCUCUUCUCGUGGACCGUCUCCGUUGACGACUACUGGUGGGAGGCCGACAACCUCACGACGCUCUGCACGUCGCAGUGCACCGCGUCGGCGGCCACCUGGGUGUCUGACGUGCUCUCCGGGUGCAUCAACGACGACAUCGUGAUCCAGGGGAAGGCCGUGCCGGCGGCCUCGGUGGCGGAGCGCUUCGGCGAGGGCCUGGCCAUCGCGUGUCUGCAGACGAGCCAGCCAGCCCAGGCGGACUCGGCCGGCUGGUGCAUGCUCGAGAGCCAGAACUGGGUCGGCUCCGACGUCGUGCGUCCCGACUGCACGACCGACCCGACCGACCCGUCCUGCUCGGACCCGGCCAACGUCACGGCCGACAACGCCCGGCUGAGCAACCUGUACCCGGACUCGAUGCUCUGCAGCGACUGCUUCCUGAAGCUGUUCAACCUGCGCCUGAGCUCCAACUACCUGCCGGACCACGACUACUCGGACUACCUCGUCGACCAGCUCCAGGACAUCCAGGAAGUGUGCAGCAGCACUCUGGGCGCCAUCAGCACGCGCGCCUGGGGCGGGUAUCCGGAUGCCACGACCAUGGCAAGCAAUGCGACGACCACGUCCGAGUUCACCAGCUCCGUUCCCGCCUCCACGACAUCUACGACGACGACAGCAACGACCACGACGGUCGUGACCCCGACCCCGACGCAGUCGGGCAUGGUGAACAACUGCAACAAGUUCGCCUUCGCCGUGGCCAACAGCACUUGCUUCGACAUCGCACAGAACUACUCCAUCACCCUCCAGGACUUCUACAUGUGGAAUGCCGGCGUCGGCGCUGACUGCCAGAACCUCUGGGCCAAUACGUAUUACUGCGUCGGCAUCCAGCUGCCCCCUGGAUUCUUCUCGUCGUCGGCAUGCCAGACAGUCGACUUGACCGUGGGCUACUUCAAAGACCCGACGGCCAACUGCGAGUAUCUGUCCCUGCUGUACAACGUGACGACGGGCGACCUGCUCCAAGCGACCCAGGAUGACGCAUGCUAUUCGGACGUGCCGCAGUGCCUGCCGCCGCCGUGCCAGCUGGUCCAGGUAGCCAACGGAUCGACAUGCGACGCGCUGGCCUCGUCUUUCUCCACCUCCGCGCUCAACGUGACCACGCAGAUGUUCCUCUCCUGGAAUCCCAACAUCAUCGGGCCGUGCGAGAACCUGACGGCAGGCCAGUACGUGUGCGCGGACAACCCGGGCGGGUCGUACGCGCCGCCGGCGCUGGCGCCGCCAGACGUCGGCGCGGGCGGCCAGGAGCGCGGCGGGCCGGGCGGGUGGGACCCGACGGCGAUCACGGGCACGCCGUCGCUGAUCGUCACGACGGGGCUGAACAUCAACCCGACCGCCGCGCCGCAGCCCACGCAGCCGGGCAUCGCGGCCGGCUGCACGGCCUACAGCCGGGCCGCCGCCGGCGACACGUGCGCCUCCUUCGCCGCCAAGAACGCCGUCGCCCCGGACCAGCUGUACGCCUGGAACCCCGUGCUGGGCGCCGGCGGCGCCGACUGCGCCACCGAGUUCUGGGCCGGGUACUACUACUGCGUGGCGGCGUCCGGCACCGGCACUGGCACCCCCACCGCCACUCCAACAACAACAACAACGAUUCCAAGCCAGCCCGUGGUGACGGCGCCCGGGCCGACGCAGACGGGCAUCGCGCCGACUUGCAACAAGUUCGCCGUGGCGAACGCGGGCGACACGUGCGACGCGUUCGCCCGCGCGAACGGCAUCACGCCGGCGCAGCUGUACGCGUGGAACUCGGUGCUCGGGCCCAACGGCGAGAACUGCGCCACGUCUUUCUGGGCGAAGGAGUACUACUGUGUCGGGGUGAGCGGGGCGGCGAAGCCGCCCCCUUCAGCCGCGCACUUCCUCCUCGUCCCAGGCAAUCAUGGCGGCCCUGCACUCCUCGGCGCGGAAGUUGUCGGUGCCCCACCCGUGGUCGCGGUAGAUCUGGCGCGCCUCCUCCUGGUCGAGGGCGUCCGGCCCGGGAUGGCGAUCCAGUACAGCGAGCGCAGCUUCUCGGCCCAGUCCGCGAUCAGCUCGACGAACGGCCGCGUCUCGUACUUGGUCCACCCCAGGCCCGUGCUCCAGAUCUCCUCCGGCACCAUCGGGUCCGGCCCGCCCAGGAGGCUGUAG